AGGCUUGUCCUAGCUGUUUUCAUUUCUCCAUCCCAAAGUUGAUGAAUAGCUUGAUCCUGACCCAGAUAAGAGGGUUUUUCCCAAGCUGCACAUAAAAUGAGAGGGGUGUCAUUAGGGGCGGAGUCACCAUCUGGAAAACAGGCUGCUUGUGUGGGCGAUGAUUGGCUGUCACACGGUCCCUCCCUUCUGCUCAGCUGCAAAUUUCAGGGUUCACUCCUGAGCAAGAAGCGCUGUGGAGUGGUUGUGUGUGGAGCUGUGCUCUAGUUUUGGAGGGAAAACCUGUAGCCACUUGUCCCAAGCGUCCAUCAUGCCUGCUGCCGCCUGCAACGUGCCUGUUGUGUGCACUGAAGUUCCCAGCAAGACUGAUGUACUUGUGUGUAGUGAAAUAGUUCCCUACAAGAGUAGUGAUGUUCCGGCUUUUUGCAAUACCGAGAAAGUUCCUGGCUUGAAAGUUCCUGCCAAAACAGAAGUCCCUGUGCAUUACGAGAAAGUUCCGGUUGAUGUGAACAACAACUGUGCCGUUGACGACCUCAUCAGCUCUAUGAGCGCACAGUUGAACAUUUCCGAGCCUUUGAACAUUUCCGAGCCGUUAGCCCUACCGCAGUAUAGCAACUAUUCGCCGUACCACUAUUACGUGUAUUUCCCUUACUCUCCGACUGACUCUGUGCAGGGCACUUCACCAAUCCCAGCCUCGACACCCUCCACCGAGGUGACGUCCCCCUCCACUGGACCCAACACUUACAAGUACAAGAUCCCCUCUGGCACCAAGAUAGAUGGACGUAUCUUUGUGGGAGGAGUGACAGCUGGGACCUCCGAGCAGGAGCUGAAGGGCUACUUUGGUGCCUACGGGACUGUCAAAGAUGUAAAGAUCAUAUUUGACAAGCAGGGAUUGACCAAGGGGUAUGCCUUCGUCACUUUUACUUCUAAUGAGGAAGCCACCAAGCUGAUCAAACAGGCAGAUGCAGGCCAGCUCUUUCUCUUCAAAGAGAAGAAGCUGAACAUCGGUCCAGCCAUCAAGAAAAGAGUGAGUUUGUUCCCAGUGUUCAGAUGAAAUGGUAUUGCUUCCUCCCAACCCCA